AUGGCGAGUACUCAGCCUGCGGCCGGCGCCGGGGCUGCGCCGUCGUCUCACCCAUACACGUGCAAUACCUGCCAAGUUGCGUACAGAAAUAUCGACCUCCAAAAAGCACAUAUGAAGAGUGACUGGCACCGAUACAACCUCAAGCGCCGUGUCGCUACCCUACCACCCAUCUCAGCCGAAGUCUUUACAGAAAAAGUUCUCCAAGCAAAAGCCGCGACUACCGCCGAGACCGACAAGGCUUACUUCGAAAAAUCGUGCGAAGCCUGCAGCAAGACGUACUAUAGCGAAAAUGCCUACCAGAACCACAUUCUGAGCCAAAAGCACAAGCAAAACGAAGCUGUUGCAGGACCCCGCAAUGAGGAGGAGACCAAGUCCGUUGUCAGCUCUACCUUUUCUCUGGGCGAGUCCGUUCCCGCUGCUAAGAAUGGCGGCGUCGACUCAGACGCCGAGGACGAGUUCAAUGAGGUAAUCAAGGGUCUUCAAAAGGCCAAACUUUCUCAGCAGCGCCCCUCCCCCGUGAAGCGCCCCAACAACCCUCGCCCAGCUGUCGAUGAAGCCAGCGAAGAUGCCGAAGACGCUGCGACCGAGAAAGGAACUGCCACCGGCAAUGCCCAGGAGCCUGUGUGGACCCUCAACUCUUGCCUCUUCUGUAACUACGAGUCACCCAGUGUACCCCUCAAUGCCCAACAUAUGGAAAAGUUCCAUGGCAUGUUUAUUCCUGAAAAGCCAUAUCUGACAGAUCUGGAUGGCCUGCUGCAGCAGCUUCAGUCCAAGGUUGGACAAGGUCACGCCUGUCUGUUCUGCGACAAGGUUAGGACUUCAGUAUACGCCGUACAGACGCAUAUGCGUGACACCGGUCAUUGCAAGAUUCCCUAUAGCACUGAGGAGGAGCAGCUUGAUAUUGGUGACUAUUACGACUUCCGCGCGACAUAUUCUGAUGCGGAGGGCUCGGACAGUGAUGAGGAGAUGGCCGAAGACGAUGCUGGCGGCGCUCGUGUGUCCAAGGCAAAAGCGAACGGAACGGAUGAGAAGGAGGGUAAGGAGGGCGAGGAGGGUGAUGGCUGGGAAACAGACAGUUCUGCAUCGUCGCUGGACUCGGAAGACCUCACAGCUGUACCGGCAGAGGGUCACUACCACCAAUAUGACAGACUCAGCAAGCACCCGCACCACAAACACGAUGACCCGCGACCAAGGCACCAAGCAGAUGGCUGGCACUCGCACGCGCACAAGCAUACGCACGCCGUCUUUCAUGACGACUACGAGCUUCACCUGCCAUCUGGCAAGUCGGUUGGGCACCGUUCGCUUAACAAGUACUUCCGCCAGAACCUCACUCACUACCCCACUCCCGAAGAGCGGGCGGAGCGUUUGGCGAUUGAGGGCUCUGAGCGUCCCGGGUCAGACGACGAAACUGAAGGUCGCGUGGUCCGCCGUAACCGUAGCCGUGGCCGUGCGGUGGUCCCGAGAGGAGCUGUCGGUAUGAUGGGAGCUUCUGACGAUGUGAAGAAGGCCGUCCGCAAGGAAGAAAAGCGCGCGCGCAAGUUGGAGAACUCGGACACGAAGAAGCGAAACCUCCGCUUAGGAGAGAUCAACAACAACCAGAAAACAUACUACUACCGCUACGACGGUGGUGGUUAG